AUGGACGACAUACUGCACGGUCUAAACAAAGCCCAACGUGAAGCCGUCACCUCUGAAGCAUCUGUCCUCCAGGUUCUGGCACCACCCGGAUCCGGCAAAACGAAGACUCUGACCACACGCGUCGCGUACCUCAUCGCGCACCGCCAUCUGAAGCCAUGGAACAUCAUCACGUGUACCUUCACCAAGAAGGCGGCGAACGAAAUGAAAGAGCGCCUACGUAGCUUCAUCGGCGAAGAACUCGCGAAGCAGAUCAAGCUUGGGACCUUCCACGCGAUUGCGGCGCAGUAUCUUCGCCAGUAUGGGCAACACAUUGGCCUUGCCAAGGACUUUGGUAUCGCAGACACUUCGGACAGCAAGGCCAUUAUCAAGCGAAUCAUCAAACGGCGUGACCUGACCAGUGAGGUACCGAAAGCGUUGGGACGCAUCUCCGCGAACAAAUGCAAAGGCAUCGAAAGCGGCCAGUUUGCACAGACGGCGAAGAAUGUCGACCAGCAGGAGUUCGCUCUCAUCUUCUCGGAGUACGAAGCAGAGUUGAUGGCAUCAAAUCUGCUAGACUAUGAUGACCUGCUCCUCAGGUGCUGCUUUCUUCUAAGAACGCAUCCCCAAUGCGUGUCCAACGUGCAAGCAGUGUUGAUCGACGAGUUCCAAGAUACGAACACGGUUCAGUACGAUCUUAUGGCACUCUUCGCACAGAAGCGGAACAUGAUCACAAUCGUCGGCGAUCCCGAUCAGAGCAUCUACGGAUUCCGCCACGCUGAGAUCAAGAACCUGAACCUCAUGAAGGAUCAAUGGCCAGACACUCUUACCAUCAAUCUGGAAGAGAACUACAGGUCUUCUGGUGCCAUUCUCCAUGCAGCGCAGGAGGUCAUUGAACAGGACGAGAGUCGUCCACAGAAGAAGCUGCAAGCAACGCACACCUAUGGGCUGCGACCUGUCCUCAGGAAGCUUCCAUCUGCGGCUGCUGAAGCAAGCUGGCUGGUCUCAGAGAUCGGCCGUAUGUGUGCCAUGAGCGGCAAAGUUUUACAGCACAGCGACUUUGUGAUCCUUUUGCGCAGCGCAGCACUCUCGCGUGAGAUAGAAGCUGCGCUGGGCAGAGAUGGUGUGCCGUACCGGAUGGUCGGUGGCAAGAAGUUUUUCGAACGAGCGGAGGUCAAGAUCGUUGUCGACUAUUUGCAAAUCAUCAACCAGCCCAGUCACAGCGAAGCGGUGGAACGCAUCAUCAAUGUACCUUCCAGGCGCAUUGGUGAUGCUACAGUGAAGAGCUUUCGCGAGGAAGCAUCCACGAAGGGUAUAUCAUUCUGGGAGCUCAUCUGUGGCGUUUCUCAGGACAAGAUUCGAUCAACAACCAAGCUACCUGCAGCAACAGAAAAGGGCGUUUCCUCAUUCGUCAAUGUGAUAUUGAGCGGACGAAGAAAGAUUUCUGAGGCGAAUGACGGGCAGACGUCUUUGGUCGAUCUGAUCAACCUCGUCGUCAAGAAGAUCGACCUCCAGUCUUAUCUCAAGAACAAGUACGAGAACGAGUAUGAAGCCAGGUGGUCGAACGUCGAAGAGCUCAUGGCCCAAGCUGCAGAUGCAUCGGAUCCCGCUAGAUUAAAAGCCAUGGUGGAAGAGGACAGCUUACCCACCAUUGACGGCCUUGAGCAACGGACUGCUGGGAGUGAGGACAUAUUGUCGAUCUUUCUGGCGAAUAUUGCUUUGACGUCCAGCGCAGAGACGAAGCAAGCAGAGGGCGCAGAGCCGGUGCAACAGGUCACCAUAUCCACGAUUCAUUCGGCCAAAGGUCUAGAGUGGCCAGUUGUUUUCAUUCCGGCCUGCUACGAGGGAUCGAUACCACAUUCACGAUCCGAUGACAACGACGAGGAGCGGAGGUUGCUCUAUGUCGGUAUGACACGAGCACAAGCCUUGCUGUACCAAAGCUGUCCGAUCAAAGACACUCAGAGACAAGAGACCAUCAUGUCCUCAUAUCUGACCCAGCCUGGGGUGCAGCAUCACUUCGAGGAGCAUGGUCCACUCAUGUCUAUUCACGAAGCCAAGAGUCUGGCUACGACAUUGCGAAGAGAGCAGCCAACGACAGCUUCAUACGAAGAAGGAAAGAAGGAUUUGGAGAGUGAACUGGACAAUUACUGGCCAUUGAACGGCGAACAGCCUCCUGAAGAGCGAGCCAAAUGGGAUUAUGGCAAGGCCACAAAUCACGUGACAGCGUUUGGCACGGCGAGGUCAGCAUCAUGGGUGGCGUCAACGUCAGUGACUAUGCAACAGCAGCAAGGGUUCUCGACAGCGUCCGCCACAAUGAAGCCCAGCUUUGGCUCAGUGAAGGACCUGUACGACGAUCUUUUGGGACAGGACCGCCUCAAAGCUAUCGACAAGAAGCAAGCCGAAGCGAAAAAUAAGAGCGACGCUGCCGCACCAAAGGGCAAGAAACGACAGAUUGAGGGUCAGGGGAGUAUUGCGGGCUUCUUUAACAAGCGCAGAAGACCAGCAGAAGAGGCUGACGAGGCUGACGAGGUUCGGGGGCCGGUAGGCUUGCGCAGUGCUCACAGCGAUCCCUUACGGGACGUCUCGAACAUCAUGCCAGCAGAGCCACCUUCUUCGUUGCCCUCAAAACCGCUGCUCUCCAACUCCCGCCAGAUCCGUACGGCGCCGCUUCGGAAGGCCCCAUCUGCGCGGCCUUCUCAACCAGACAGCGGAUACAUGUUUCUCUCAAGCUCACCACGGAAGCCAGACGAUGCGGAGAAUGAGCCUCAGCCCGAUCUGGAUGAGGCAGAGCAGGCGGCCGACAUACCCCAGCCUCAAUUCAAACCGGCUUCGACAUUUCACACCACCUCACUGCAGUCCUUGCAACAGAAGCCUUUAGCUCAUGGCAGGCGAUAUGGUGCAAAGCCUAGUAUGAACGGUUGGGCGAAUCGAAGUAGGAAAUGA